AGGAACACACACCUGAGGGUCCCUGGAGCUGUGACAGACACACCUGAGGGUCCCUGGAGCUGUGACAGACACACCUGAGGGUCCCUGUAUGGAGACCCCCACGGUGCUGCCCACCAUGGAUGUGGACAAAGCCGUGGCCACGGCCUUCGUGGUGCUGCUGGGGCUCUUCCUCCUGGCCAUGACCGUGCGCUGCGCCCGGCUGGUGGUGGAUCCCUACAGCGCCAUUCCCACCUCCACCUGGGAGGAGGAACCCAUCAACUGACCCCCAAACCCCUCCAGGAACCCCAACUCCACUGUUCCUCAAUUUCCCUCAUUGUUCCCUAAUUUCCCUCAUUGCUCCCCAAUUUCCCCCAUUG